UUAUUGUUUAAGGCUUACUGCUUUUUUAUGUGUUACAGCCCUUAGUGCAAGCGAGGCUACAGUGCAAGUAGGCAAUCAAGAAACGUCAGAAUGUUAUAGAGCAGUGCAAAGGCAACAUGGCAGAUUACAUGGUUCUUAUGAUAUUUGGAUAUUCAAGUCUCUUUUGUUGAAAUAAGUGAAAGAUAUAUAUAAUGGAUUCAAGUAAAGGUCACAUAUAUAUGAAUAGAAAGGUGAAAGACGAUAUCUUAAUAUCCAUGUAUUCUAUUGAAAUAUUUGAUUAUAAUUAUAAUUGUCCUGCAAUAAGAUGCAAAUUUUGUAAUAUAUAUACUUACGGAAAUGCUCGAUGGGAAGAAAUGAAAUCCCACUUAAUUGAUCAUAAAAAAGGUACUGAUAGUACCACAUCGAUGGAAUUUCGAUACAAAUUUCUAUGGCGUUAUAUGUCUACACAAAAUAAAAACCAUGAUUUAAUAUGUAAAUAUUGCAACCAAGUAAUGUCAUAUAAAAAUAUUAAAUAUUUAGAAAAUCAUUUAUUUAUGCAUCGACGAAUAAUAAUAGACAUACGCAAUGAAAUUAACCAAAGUUGGAUUGGGAAACAUUUUAUUUCCGACAAUUCAAUCCGAUUUACUAUGACAAAAUGUACUAUUUGCGAUCAUCCUCUUAGCAUAUCCCUAGGAAUACAUGGAUUACAACACCACCUGUAUUAUUUUCAUAAUAUGUGUAAAAAUAUAACAGCUAACACAAGUACAGAAAAAAAUAAUUUGGAUCUAAUGUUACAACAAUACCUACCUGAAGGUUUAACUGACGACGAUCUAAAUAUAGAUUAUAUUAUGGAUUCUGAAACGAUACCAACGGCGGAAGAUCUUUGUAAUAUGAUAAUAUAAGUGAUAAUAUGACAAAAGAUUUCUUGACAAAUAUAUUAUAUUUAUUUUGCGUUAUUAUUUAA